CUCGACUUCAGCUGCCCCAUCUAGUAUCCCAACUAUUAUGUCUUCCACCGCGACCAGCUCGACAUCCUCGACUUUGCCCACCUCCCCUAAAAACUACGAGGCUGCGCUUGCGGCACUCCAGUCGUCGUUCGGCAUCGCCGGCCAGAGCGUUCCGUGCGUCCAGCCCAAGCUUGUCAAAGGUUCCAAGAAGAUCAAGGCUGGCGAGACGGUGUCGCCGUCCACGUCGAUGACGCGCCUCGAACUGGCGCACGCCGACCUGAUGGCC